ACAACAAUUAUGUUGCAUAAUAUUUUCUUUGUCCUUUGUCUUAAUAUUUACUGUGGAUGAAUUGUAAGAAGCAGAAGAGCUUAGAGCUAAAAGAGCAGAUAAACAGACAACACUCAACACUGCUUUUGGAUGCAUUCAAUAAAGAUCAGGCAUCUUUGCCCCAACCAUUGCCAAACCCUCUAUCUUUAGCACCAUUGCCUGUGCUUGCACCUGAUCCUCGGACCCAGGAAAUGACAAAUGAGAAGCUGAAGAAAGCUGAGGAUCUUGAUAAAACUCAGGUGAGAAAGGGAUGGUAGACAAGGCACAAAAAGCGUUAGAAGAGGCUGAAGCACUCAAGAAGACUGAUCAAAAGCUACGUGUUUGUGAUAUUUGUGGAGCAUUUUUGAGUGUUUAUGACAGUGGCCCAUGUUUACCUGAUCAUUUUGGAGGCAAACUUCAUUUAGGCUAUAUGCAAAUCUGUGAUAAAUUAGCAAAACUUCUGGUAAGAUGAUUUACAUGCUUAGUAUAUGCUGACUGUCUAUGGUGGCUCUGCUUUAAGUGCUACAUAGGGCUAGGGAUAGCGCCUGGCAUCCAAGGUGUUGGUUGUAUAAAUUGCUAGAACUGUC